CUGAAUGAAUUCCAUCGUUUCAUUCCAUCUUUUGACAUUGACAGAUAUUGUUGUCUCUGAACUUAAGCUGAACUUGUUAAAAUCUGUCAAUAUCGUCAUGUUAAAUCAAGAGGACGAUGAAAAGAAUUGUCCAGGGUCAAGGCUAUUGUCAGUCCCCAACGGAGGCGAUGGGGGUGCCAGACAUCACACUUCAGAAUUAAGUAACCCUCCACCUCAAAUAUUAUCGUCUUCAAAAAGGAGAGCAAGUGACCAGGAAGGAGGCUGCCGUUUUGGAACGAAAGAAGUUUUAGGAACGGUGGCGAUAUGCGGCCUACUAAUUGUUGUUAGUUUAGUAAUUGCCCUGGUCUUCAAAGUGGGAGGCAAAACUACUCCGUCGCCCAAUUUGUUUCCAACUACUCCUGCUAAUAAUGAUACUUUGGGAAGUUUUAAGUACCAUUAUCCUACAACGAAACAAAUCCCCGUGACCACUUCUACUGUUCCUACCCCCAGCACGACCAAACAUCGUCCGACGCAUCGCCGUACUAUGAUUCCAACCACGACCAAGCCUCCUCGAAGAACUUGGACAACUCAAAUCCCCAUCGAGGAGGAAUAUUACCCAUAUACUUCCUGCCGGACUUCUACUUGUAAAGCUGUGGCACGGUUGAAAUCCUCCAUGGAUGAGUCAUUCAACCCGUGCAGUGACUUUUAUCAGUAUUCUUGUCGUGGGUGGAUCGUAGAACAUGCUGCCGAAUUGAAGAAGGAGAAAGCAAAUUCAACCACCGUUUUGAGCGAGCUUGACAAACAAAAUACAAAAUUCGUUACGAAAUUGAUUGAAGGUAUCCGGACCCGUUAUGGUGCCGAAGGAAAAGCUAAACGAUUCUACUCUUCGUGCAACAACAACCCAAAUCUGAUGCUGAUUAUGGACAUACUGAUGUCCAUAGUGAAUAGUAAUUCUUCCACAUCCACUCGUCCAGAGUCGGAAGCACUAGACAGAAUUGGCAAUAGUGAAGAUAUUAACACUUGGGGUUGGAUGUUUAAGGAUUUACUCGAACCUCAAUUCCCAUUUUUUGAUAAUGAUGUCAAACAGCUUUCAUUUCUGGUUGGGCAAAAACGAUCCAACCCCCAAGUGUGCACCACCCUGACGCGUGAACUCUUUCCCGAAGUUGUGGCCAAGCUUUUUGCUCUACACCAUUACGACAUAGAUCAAGAUGAAAGUGUGACGGAUUUGACAAGCAAAAUUUGGAGGACGUUUAAAUCAAAGAUGGUCUACUCUACAGAUUGGAUUGAUGGUAUCAAUUCCAAGUUGAAUAUUAGCAUAAGUAUCGGCAGUUUGGAUACAAUCGUAGGAUUCCUUGGUCACAUUAUGAACGAAACUGCGAUGGAUGUCAGAUAUGAGAAUGUAUCAAUUUCUGAAUACUCUUCCCAGUUUUUGAUUAACUUGAAAGAACUCCUGCUUAUGAGAGCUGAGCGGAAGUUGAACAUUAAAUUGGAGCUAGAACGACAAUUUGACGAGUCUACGCCGCGAGCUAAUGCAUUUUACCACCAAAUUCUGGACCUUAUCUUUAUACCUGUGGGCAUUAUCCAAAUGCCGAUAUUUGAUCACGAGCUUCCCGAUUUAUUAAAAUUCUCAAAGUUGGGCAGCACGUAUGGGCACGAAUUGGCACAUUCUUUGCAUCCUUACAUUAACGGAGUCACACUCGAAGAUCGGUCAGGAAACUCUAUCGAAUUCAGCAAUACUGUUGUAAACCAACGUACCAGAGACAAUUAUGCUGAAAAAUGUGCAUGUGUGGAACAACAAUAUGGUGCUUUUCAAGUACCUCUUCCCCCGGGAUACGAGAACACCACACUCGUGAUGAACGGAACAUUCACCUUAAAUGAAAAUGUGGCGGAUAUUCUGGGGGUGCAGGUUGCAUUUGACUCGUUUAUUGAAAAUAUGGGGUCGUCCGUGCCACGAGUCCUGCCAGGACUGGAAAAAUUUACUUGGCAGCAAAUAUUCUUUAUAGCAAGUGCUCAGGAAAGAUGUCGAUCUUUCGUAAACGAUGAGACUGAAGUGCGUCUUUUGAAGGAGCAGCUAGAAACGGAUCUUCACAGUCCUAGUUCCAUCCGAGUCCUUGGUGCCUUCAGCAACAAUGACGAGUUUGCAAAAGCCUUCAACUGCCCAGUAGGAUCACGAUAUAAUCCGGAAAAGAAGUGCAAAUUCUUCGUGCCCCCUACGCAUUAAUGACGAGAGAAUCUCUGGAGGAGAUACAUAUACAUACGCAAGAGUAUUAACAAGGACGCGUCGGUAAACUGACUGAUAUAUAUUUACAUGCAUACAAUAUUGCAGCCAUAAACUAUUAAUUUCUGAGCAUGUUUUUUUAAUAUUCAUAGUACAAUGCAAGUAGUGCUUAGUAAACGCCAUUUUUAAUUUCCCGUUAUUUAGUAGUAUUCCGAAUUUAUCCAUUAAUGAACUAAAUACGUUGUUGAUUUAUCCGUUGUAUACCGCAAUAAAUGUUUUAAUAAAAAUGACAAUAAAUACAAACUAUGGUAUCUUUCAAUAUCUA